AGGCUCAAACGUUGCGUGUUUGGCUCAUCCUUGACCGGAGCAGAUUGGCUUUUUUGCUGCAUAUUGCAGACAGACACCGGGCUAAUGAAAUAAUUAUCUUACCGGCCAAUGUGAACUUGAUGAUGUGAGGACUCAUUCAUGUCAUCCUUCAGUGGACUCGGCAUGGCGCAGGAGGAGGACAAGCACAGCCUGGAGGCGAAAUUUGCUGCGGCAGUUAAAGUGGUCCGGAGUUUGCCCGAAGAAGGUACUUUUCAGCCAUCUGAUGACAUGAUGCUGAUGUUCUACAGUUACUAUAAGCAGGCCACUAUGGGGCCGUGCAACAUUUCCAGACCAACCGGCUUCUGGGACACUCAUGGAAAAGCUAAAUGGGAUGCAUGGAGCUCUUUAGGAAAUAUGACAAAGGAGGAAGCCAUGAAGAGUUAUAUUGAGAACAUCCAGCUGAUUCUGGAGACUGUGCCAAUUUCAGAAGAUGUGUCUGACCUGGUACAGAUGCUGGGAAAUUUCUACACAGAGGUAGAGGGAGAGGAGGCUGAAGAAAAUGAGGUGGACAGGAGACCCUUCACCAGACCCUUUGCACAACAUGCGGAUGAGCUGGUUAAACCUUUUAAGAAGCCAACAAUGGAAGGGUAUGGGGAUCUGUGGGAUGAUAUUCAGAACCUCCACGAAAACGACAACAGUGCUCGAGGCUUGAGUGUCAGUAGCGAGGAGAAUAGUGGCGUGGAGAGAAAUGAGGGAAGUAGUGAAUGGAGGAGAAGUGAGGAAGAGGAAAAUGGGGAUGAAGGACACAAUGCGGACCAUGAAGACAAGGAGGAGGAAAGAGACUGGAGUCCUGACCCACGGCUGUUAAUGGUGGAGGACAAGAGGUGGAGGUGGUCUGACACUAAAGGCUCCUGCAGCAGUGUGGAGCCCAGUGUGUCCUCCUUCACCAACGGGACCCACAGCUCCCUCAACAGCGAUGUGGAGGAGGAAGAGCUGGCAUGUACCUUAGAGCCCAGUGUACAGUAUAACCCAUACAUGCAUGUUAAUGGACAUCUGACUGAUCAUAACGAUGCUAUUCUUGAGAAGAACCACCGAUCCACUGACUCAGAUAAUGAAGAGUUCUGUGACUCCAUGGAGCACCUAGCCACGGAUGAGCGGCUGUCCACGUCCAAAGGCCUCUCACGGGGAUCAGGAGCUGGCUCGAUGAAGCAAAGGGAUGUCUGGUUUGAGAGCAACACCACCCUGAUAGGUGGAGAAGAUCAUGUCCUCACAGGAGAUGUUAAAGAAGGGAUUAGUCCAAGAAAACACAUCAGCUCCUUGUCAAGAACAGGGAGAGGUUCUCAGACACCGAGGGCUACCUGCAGCGCUGAGCCAUGUGUGAGCGUAAAUGCCACCUGCUGCUGUGUGUCACCGAGCAGACUGCAUCCUGGCAGUGUUACCAGGGGAAGCAUCAAUGAGCAAAUAGCCACUGCUCUGCUGAGACUGCAGUGCGACAUGGCCAAUGUGCUGUACAGGCUGCAUGCUCUGGAGGAGCUGACCAAGUCACAGUCAAGAUCAUCUUUGCCAAGGCGGGGGGACUCUGUAACUGUACCAAGACAGUUCCUGAGACCAUCGUGGUGGCCUUGUGACUUCUCCCCACUCACAGUCGUGUUCACCGCACUCUGGCCUCUUAUCACCCACUGGCUUGUCCACCUUUACUUACAACGAAAGAGAAGCAAAAUACCGUGAAUUGUCUAUUACUACUACUGGCAACUAUCAACAUCGAUCAAAGAAGAUGAACUGUGGAUGAAAACGAUGCACUUUUUGGGGGUUUUGUGGCUUUCUAGAGCUAAAAUCAGAUGCAGAGUGCAAUGAGGCAUCGGUAGAAAUUUAAAAGGCUGUUUUAGAUGAACGGAUGGUUGGAAACUUGGCGAUGUAGUGUAGCGUUUAAACUUGAAGCAGACUUUUGAGGUAUUUAAGAAAAGGGUUUGAUUUAUGCAUCACCAGUGCUGGCCCAGUUUCUUUGCUCCAGUUAGUCUGUCAUGAGGUGGUGAUCUUAUAUAUGACGAGGAGAUUUCCAGAACCUUUGCAGAACUUGUGAAGUUAAUUCACGGUUCAUUGUCAUGCAAUAGCUGUAGACUUCAAGCGAUAAAGAGUUUUAGAGAUUCUCAUUCCCAGUUAUUUAUUGUACAUUUUAUAUUUUAAUUCGUUUUCCCCCUCAAACUAGAGUGUUCCAUUACAUGUACUGUAAUGUAAUUACAAGGACAUUGGUCUUUUAUAUGUGUUGUCUUGAAUAGAUACAUAUUUUAGGAGAGUUUCUUUUAAAGUCAAAAACACACUUGAUGUGAGAAACAUUAUUAUUUUUGUGUCAGGCUAUUUAUUUUAUAGCUUUACUGCUAUAGUAACCAAAAAACAAACAAAAAAAAACAACUGAGAAGAGUGCAGACAGUCCACAUAUCUAUAUAAACAUUCUUGUUUCUUGCUAGUUUUAAGUAGACAAUGAAGAAUACUGUUUGGUUUAUGGAAGGAUAAUGCUUACAGUUGUAAAAUAUGAGCAUAUGAAGCACAUUGCAAAUGUAAUAAAGACAUUCUUAGAACAAUCACAUUUUUAAUGAUGUUGAUGCUUAUUUGAGAGGCUGUGAGUUUUUUCCAAGAGUGUUUUCUUAUUUCUAUUUAUCAGUGUGAGUAGUUACUAAAAUAUUUUUGUAUUUUUCUGUAGCGGUUAAUCCACCAGAAUGUGCAAGCUAUUUAAAAAAAAUGCUAAAAUAUAUUAUUGUUAUUAUCCACGAAUUUUCAAA